AAAAAAAAGAAUGCUUAGUCAAACUCGGCUCAUGGCAGGGCGAUGCACAGCAACGCUUACAAGUCUAACAUUCAAGAGAACGACUUCGAUCACAAGAAUAAGAAGGACGAUCGGAUCGAAUUGCAAUGAUCACUUUUUUCAUCCAACCCUGUCACGCACUUUUGCUUCCACGUCCAGUCCGAAGCGAUCUGAACAUUUCAAUAUCACUAACAAUAUCAAUACUAACAUCAACCGACAUCGUCAAGGAGAAACAGCAUCAAAAGAGAGCGCAAGGACUGAAGAGAUUACUGCUGCUACUACCUCUACGACUUCCCGGACCCUCAAUUACACACGACAGGAACUCGAAGCCAUAUCGAUUUCUGAUCUAAAGCAAAUUCUUCGAGAUAAUGGGCUCAAGGUGACUGGUCGUAAGAAGGAACUUACGAAUCGUUUAUUGAAGCAUCUUCAGGAACAACAACAACAGCAACAGUACCCUACAGACGUUAGUAUGAAACCAUUAUCCUCAUUGUCACCAUCAUCAGGAAACAUUGCAGCUGAUGGAAAUAGUGUGGCCGCUACCACUACCACUGCCAUUAGCAAAAACCAUUAUAAUAAUAGCAGUAGUAACAAUAGCCGCAGUGGUGGUAUUUCUGAAGCCAAGGAAGGAAAAGAAGACACGGUAACCAAAGGACGACUUGAGGCUGAGAAGAGGCUGAAGGAACAAAUGGAGAAGGAACAACAAGAGAAAAAGGAAGCACAGUUGAAAGAACAACAGAAAAAGGAGCAAUUACUGAAGGAGCAGCAAGAGAAGGAGCAGAGACUGAAGGAAGCACGAUUGAAAGAGCAACAAGAAAAGGAACGGAGGUUGAAAGAGCAACAAGAGAAGGAGGCACGAUUGAAAGAAGAAAAAGAAAAGGAACGAAGACUGAAAGAGCAACAAGAGAGGGAGGCACGGUUGAAAGAACAACAAGAGAAGGAGGCACUGUUGAAAGAGCAGCAAGAGAAGGAGGUAAGGCUGAAAGAACAACAAGAGAAGGAAAUGCGAUUGAAAGAACAGCAAGAGAGGGAACAAAAGCUGAGAGAUCAGCAAGAUAAAGAAGCACGAUUGAAGGACCAGCAAGAGAAGGAGCGUUUGCUCAAGGCUCAACAGGAACAAGAGACACACCUUAAGCAGCAACAACAGCAACAGUUGCCGCAACAAGAAGAGGUAAAAAAAAUUGAGGAAGCACGUCAAGUGGAUACGAUUCAAAAGUCUCGUGCUGAAAACAGUGGUCAUGAAGAGUGGGCACGAGAAAAGAUUCCGCUAGGCACCAAAGCCACAGCCACAGGCAUGGGAAUCGCCAUUGUUGCCUGGUUCCUCUCUGGCAAGCGCGAUCGAAGGACAAGAGCUCAAGAAUUGGAAGCUCAAGAGCACUCGAAAGCAACUGACCAUAGUCAAGGUUAAGGAACCAAAGGUAUCCAUCCAUCCACC